AUGACAUCAGAACUCCCUUUAUUGUCCGGAAAAGUGUGCAUUGUGACAGGAGCAUCUCGGGGUAUUGGUAAAGGUAUUGCCUUGAUGUUGGCCAAAGCAGGAGCCACAGUGUAUAUAACAGGUCAGUUCAACUUUAAACCCUUUUAGGAAAUUGUCUUACAGUAUGAUAAAUUAUCUACCCCACAAACAGUAGCCAACAAACUGUUUUCUACAUGAACAUAAUUAAAAAGCGCAAAAAAUUCUUUUUGAUAGGAAGGACCCUUGAUGCUACAGAAGGAAGGACUGGAUCACUACGGCAAACUGCUGAGGAGGUAAUAACAAUGUUCCACGAUAUAAUAUUAUUUUUCAGCGUUGGUUUUCCAGUUCAGGUCUUCACAAGAACAGCAUGCAAAGAAAGUUGUGUUUGACUGAUGCAUUUAUAUCGAAAAUGGUUGUAGAAUUAUCGAAGGAAAUACUCGUUAAGUUGUUUUUGAAAGAUUGUAGACGUGUGACGUAAAUUACAUGUAAGUGGUAAGGUAUUCCAGGUAAUGUCAAUCUGGUUGAAAAAAGAAAGAGUCCCUAUUAAAUAACGAGGUAAUACAAAAGUUUCUACCGGGGUGGGGGGGGGGGGAGAUUCCAAUGGGUACUGGCGACGAACUCCUAGUAAGGACCAGAAACAAAGCCAAUGUAGUCCUUGAUGAAGAAACAGAGAUCGCAGUAUUUCUGCCCAGGGUUAAUUCUAGAGUGCGGCUUUGUGAGAUUCAAGUCCACUUUUACGUAAAAAUGACAAUUAGGGUGUGGAAGUAAUCUGAAGUAAAGGGGCGCUUUCCAUUUAGUCAAAAUUUCUGGAAUUUUCGGUUCGGCGGUAAAUGGAACACGUUUCGUCGGUUCAUCCCACAGGAAAAUUCCCAGAAAAAGUGGAAAAUCUAAAAAGGUGGGCCCGUUUUCCCCGUUGGAAUUUCCGAACAGAAUGUCGUGUUCCAUUUCCGUUUCUCGUAGUUUGUACCAGUUCGAGGUUCACCGUCGGGCACCGCGACGUACCGGGGUUUAUGACCAAAUGGAACAACUUUUUACCAAUCGGAAAUUCCACUUUUGCUCCCACAGAAAUUUCCGGGUUUUUUUGCUAAAUGGAAAGCGCCCAAGAAUUCGAUUUUUUUAAAUCACAGUAGAAAUAACACCGUUUAAGUGUCUUUCAGGUUUUAAUAACACCCCCAUAAUGAGGGUACAGUGGGCUGCUGCCCCGUGGGGUAGAAACAAAGGAUAGGAUAGGAGAGCUUUAAAUGCAAUAUCAGGCAAAAGCAAAACCAAAAAUUAAUUUGCUUUGCGAGUUUUAAGAAACAGAGCUCAAAACACUAAGAGUUGACCCUGUCACGUAGGCUUAGAACUACAAUAAUUUAAUUCACCUCGAAUAAGCGCCCAUCCUUUGCAGAAAAAGUUAAUAAGCGCCCAGCCUCGAAUAAGCGCCCACCACCACCCCAGCCCCUCCCCCUCACACUCAAAAUCAAAUAAGCGCCCACCCUCAGCCCCCCCUUCCAGCUCCCACCCCCCACCCCCCGCAAAAAAACUUGAAUAAGUACUAAUAAGAGACCUCCCAGAAGACGGUGUUUUCGUCAGAGUAGUUUACAGGAGCCUUGCUUUGUUACAUUUUUUUUUACUAUUUAUUGUUUUGUUGCAAAAUAAACAUGCUACACUUGCUGAAAAUGGUGAAAAUUUAAUAAGCGCCCACCUCGAAUAAGCGCCCACCCUCAAGGUCCAAAAAUUUAAUAAGCGCCCAGGGCGGUUAAUCAAAUAAAUACGGUAUUUCUAAUUUUGUUCAUAUUGGAAUAUAUAGAAUUGAUGGUACCCUUUUCCAGUUUAUAUCUGAAAUGACCAGCCCCCUCCCCCCAAAAGCUAAAUGAUCGUCCCCAUCACAAGUACGCAAUUUCUAGGGUAUGCAUCCGCCGUGUUGUCUUAUUUGGUCGAGACGACUUGAUUGGUUCUGCCACAGGCAGCCCAAUGAUGAUCGUAAAGUGUUCAGUGACUCAAAAGAAAACUGUUACACAUGACCGCUUCAGGCGGGUCGUUUAUAACAAAGAGGAUGUUCUGAACCGUAGUUUCUCCUAAACGUUAGCGUUCGGUACGGAUAAAUACGCGAUACAAAUUUUACGUUGUGUACGGUAUUGUUUGCGUGACACAAGCGAUGCGGUGUUACGAAACGAUCUCCCAUCGCCGACUCAAUUCUAGGAUCAAAAUACAAAGGAUUUCGAAUAACUGUUUUACAUCAAACCACGAAGUCACGUUUUCCACGCUAAGCGAGAGUGUUUUCAGCAGAGGACAAAUAGGAAUGGUACUAAGCGAAUCCCUUGAGGGACUCCAUAUGUUACGUCCACCCAUGAAGAGAAUGGACUAUCAACGAGAACACUUUGGGAUCGUGACUUUAGUAGUGUGAGAACCAUGGAGAGUUCACGAAUGUCAAAUAUAUAGUAUUAAUUUAUGUUGAAGCUGGUAGUGAGGCAAGGCAGACUCGAAAGGUAAGAAAUCUAAUGAAACAGCGAUUUUAAACUGUUGUUGUUGUUGUUCUUUUUUAUUUGACUUUUUAGAUAGGACAAGAGAGUACCGGACAGUGUAUACCAGUGCAGUGUGACCAUGGAAACGAUCAAGAAGUCCAAAAGUUGUUCGAUAAAGUUAGCAAAGAACAAAAUGGACGGUUGGAUAUCCUUGUGAACAAUGCUUUCAAAGGAGUGAAGGUACAGUCUGUAAGCAACAGUCAGGCUGCAACAAAUAACAGAUGUAACCUAGUUUAUAUGAUGCACAGAUUAGGGAUAGCCGAAAGCUACAGUCAAAGCUCUCCUAACUGGCAAUCUUGUGUUGUGAAGUGGACAGCUCCACUUAUUUAAAAAACCAAAAUUUAAAACUUUCAUACUUGGACGUUCCAAGCUACCUCAGCUGGGGCAUAUAAUAUGACAGUGGUACACUAUUCCUGGCGCGAGUCUCACACCUGCGGAUCAGAAACUUCGAUCUUACGCCUGCGGACCAAUUUCUCACGGCCGGAGGAAAAAUAUGAACCACAGCCUUAAAGGACCCAUUUUCGAAAAAUGUACAAAAGUAAAAUAAACUCUAAGCAAUUCGAGAAAAGGAAAGUCUAUCUGAAUGAUUGUACUUUUCCCAGAAAUCAGUGGUUUUUGAAAAGAAAGCACCGCAACUGAGUUAUUUAGAACACUUCGAAACCCGGCGUCUUCUGAAAUCUUGGGACGACGUCUUACAGAUUUGAUCGGGUCCUUUACGAAAAAUCCUGAUACUCUAAGGACAAAAUUCUCGCGCCUUUGACUCAAAAAAGGUGGCAGGUACACUGCGCUGUACUUACUUAAAUUAGGGAGCUUAAACAACGACGACAGCGACGGCAACGAGAACGGCGAAAAAGCAACAGGUCUAAAACAACAUUUUUACUAAACAACAAAUUUGCACGUUCAUCACGCUUUUUUGUAGCCUGCGAAUACAUCCAGGGCGGAUAAAGGUUGGGCGGUGAAACGAGCGCUCCGCUCUUCAUUUAAUGUGUGAUGCGGAGUAGGACUGGCACGAGCGCUCUUUCCGCGCUUCCGAUGCGCUUGAAAGCCGGCGAAGUUUUCCUUUUUUGCAAACCGGAAAUCCUAUUUUCUUUCUGUAAUUUCACGCUACAAUGUUAAAUAGAUAAAUUCGCUUCAUAACAAUAUCAAUAAACAGUUUCAUAUGUUUGUGUCUGUACGUCUAUAAGUCAAACUUGUUGGUCGUAUAAUGCCAAAAUUUGAGUUUAAUUUGAANGACUGUCGCAGCCUGCAAUACGAUCUGAAGCCGUCUACGUUGCUCGUAUUAAGACGAUCCUCGAAAAAGUUAACAAAUAAUGCCAUUUAUAACAGCGAUCGCAGGCAUGCCACGUUUGUUUGACUUGAUUUCAGAAAAAAGCACCAAGUCGGUGUAAGUCUGCGAUGUGACGUAGCCAGUAACCAGAUUGCCUAGUAUUCCAUAUCUUAUGGACAUCAGGCCUCAUGCAACUGCAAGACUAAAACUGUCGACCAGCCUGUCUAUAGACACUAUGUGACGUAAUUUAGAGAUAGUCUACUUAUUUAUUUAUUUAUUUUCUUAUUUAUUAAUUAUAAUAUUAUAUAUACUUUUUUAUGACAGUCCGGCACGGUAGCACCCAUUAGUUUCCUAUUUGAUAUUCCUCCCCUAUUGGCCACAAACUGUUGCCUCGAAGACCCCGUCCACGCAAGUAUCCGGAUAUUUUUGAAUCCGCAACUUUUUCUUUCCGGAUUCGGCUUCCGUCCAUACGUAUUCGGUGAAUACCAGGGCGGAUAAAGGUUGGGCGGUGAAACGAGCGCUCCGCUCUUCAUUUAAUGUGUGAUGCGGAGUAGGACUGGCACGAGCGCUCUUUCCGCGCUUCCGGUGCGCUUCAAGGCCGGCGAAAUUUUCCUUUUUGCAAACCGGAAAUCCUAUUUUCUUUCUGUAAUUCCAGGCUACAAUGUUACAUAGAUAAAUUCGUUUCAUAACAGUAUCAAUAAACCGUUUCAUAUGUUUGUGUCUGUACGUCUAUAAGUCAAACUUGUUGGUCGUAUAAUGCCAAAAUUUGAGUUUAAUUUGAAAGUGUUGAAUACUUCCUCCUUCCACUAAAUAUCACCUAAUCGUCUUUCGCCGUUUCGUUUGCAAAGGCUUAACACUUCUUAACCUCAGUUUUUACAUAUGUUAAAGGGGGAUAAACUUUAUAUAACAUAACAAAAAAUUUGAUUGAUAUAUAUUGAUAUAGUGGCGUUGUACUUCUUCAAACUUUACUUCUCAGGUGCAACGCGCCAUGGCGAUUCGCGCAAUGCGUUGCAAAGCCGGCAACCGCUUGUAAACAAAAUUUAUUGAGGUUAGUUGUAAGGUUUUUUCUCCGUUUUUCUCUCUAAAACAAAACAAGGUAAACAGUAAAAACUGAUGGGAAACUCAUUUUGAAGUUUCGAAGAAACAGAAAGACAUGAAAUGUUUUUUUCAAAAUUAAAAAGAAGGAUGAUGGUGAUUGAAAUUAGCAUAAUUUCACCUUGCACGAGCUGCACGCAUUUAUAAUAUACACGUCAUCUAGUUAUGAAACACGAUCUGCUGUAUUUUUGCCAUGGAUGACAUGGAUGAGAUUUUCCUUCGUGUUUUAGACAGUACUUAGUUGUUUUGUUUUGGAAUAACAUCGACAUUGGCGAGUAGCAGAACGAAAAUAUAAUUCAGUGGUAAAGUCAUGAAAGUAUUAAAAGAAACCUUUGAAAGAGAUGUUUGUCCACUCCAACUAAACCUCCCGCAAAAAAUGGCAACAUUUGCCUCUCAGAGACAGCGUACCAGCACAAAGGAACGAGGAAGAAGUGCAAGAAAACAAAUCAAGCCGCCAUAAAUUCAGUGACAGCAGCAGUGUCUAAUGUACAAACCACAUCGCAAGCCCUGACCGAAGCCGAAUCCCAGUCCACUGCAUCACACCUUUUUGCUCGGACGCGCUCGUUUCACCGCCCAACCUUUAUCCGCCCUGAAUACAACCGUUUCUCCUCGCCCCAAGUUCAAGCACAGGUAACCCAGGCUCACAGUUUGUGUCACAUACGGGUUUCGUAACAUGAGUAAAUAUAGCGAACAUGGGGCGAAGUUUAGGUCUGGAAAUUUGCCAGAAAGUGGAAAUAAAAAUCGAUGAAAUUUACCAUGUGGCGAGUUGUUGUUGUCCUCAAUAUGCACCUGACGUUUCGAGAAAAAUAGCCUCUGCUUCAUCUUUACUAUGCUAUGUAAGAAAGAUGAAGCGCACUAUUUUCUCGAAACUUCGUGUGCAUACUAAGGAGCGAGGACCGAGAGACGGCAGUAUUCGCAUGCUGGCUUUUUUGGACAUUUCUUUGCCGUUGUUGCACGACUAUGAAUUUCUGAAUUUAGAUACAAUCCUUUACAAUCAACUUACGGAAAAUUCCGUAACAUUAAACAAAUUAUAUGAAAUGGAAUAAGAGCAUUAAAUAAGGUUUGAAACAGUGCGAAUAGCGACGACGUUUUCGCUGCCCUUGCCGUCGUGAUUGCUUAAGCUCCCUAAUAGCAGUGUCAUAGUUUACUCAAAAAGUGAUUAAUAUAUCGAAAUAUAUAUAUAUAUAAUAACUGUGUGUUAUUGACAAUUUUUGUGUUAUGGCCUAGGUACUGAAUGAAAAUGAAGAAAAACCAUUUUAUGAACAGGUAAGAAUCUCAAUUUAAUUGUCGUUGUUGAAGAAUUCUGCUUGGAAGACAUUUAAUUAAUAUGCAUCAUUUUGUAACUUUUUGUAACUUAGAGGGACGAUCUCUUGCACUUUAUUAACACAAAACUAAUGUCAUAAUUUGUUAAUGUCCAUCGUGCAUCAAUGCUUGUUAUGACAUCAGUUAGUACAUUUAUUUAUAUACUACUACAUGAGAAAAUUUCUGCAAUUUGAUGGCUUAGAGCAGUGGCAUUUCAGCUUAAUUUGAAAUACCUACAUGUGAAAAUUACAAAACUAUUGCGGGUAGUAGUAUAAACAAAUAAUAGCAUGAUCUCAUGCACUAUAAACCGUAUUUAUGGUGACGUGAUAUUUCAAAAUUGUCUCAAAUUUCACUCGCCUAACGGCUCGUGAAAUUACGUAUAACAAUUUCGAAAUAUCACUUGUCGUAUUUAUGCCAAAUAUCACUACAAAUCAUGCUAUUACCUAUACUAACUGGUCGGUGUUUUCCCUGCGGUUGUUCAAUGAGACUAACCGCCAAACAGAUGCGCCUUCCAAGGUUGGUUUCAAGUACAAGUUUUGAUUUAGAGGAAGAAGCAAAUAUCUAUCGACGCUGCUGGAAAGAGGGCCCCAAAAUUAGGAAACUUAUCAAGUUUAACGGUGAUACGUCCAAAGACAGCCAAGAUAUUGCUCCACAAAGUCACGAAAUUUUACAGACGUUUGUAUGGUGGGGGCACGAUUCCACCCUUGUUUCCUCUUCUUUCGUUUGUUUGGCCACAAUUAACUUGGUGUUAUCCUGAUUCUGAUCCUUUAGCCUGCAAACGUGUGGGAUGAAGUGAACAAUGUGGGACUUAGGUAAGAAAAUGAGUAUCUGAAGAACGAAAAAACUUUUCAGUUCAGAGAUGGUAUAUCACAUUAACAUUUUUGGUAUGUAAGGUAAUUCCCUUGUUUUGUACUACGCAUCAUCUACUGCGCGUAACUUUGUGAUAUUAAAGGUGUAGACGGUCAUUUUCACCGGCCGCCUGAAGAGAGGUAACAAAUGGCCCUUUUGUAGUCUAAAUAGUUUUCUUACAUUUUUUUGCAACCCCCGCCUCGCGGUUGCCUUUGCUCGCCUGAAAAACGCAAAACAACGGCUGUUCUGCCGCCUAGUUUCUUGGUUAGUUGAACUGUGACAAUUUUUUUGUAGAUAGUCAUUCUCUCAAGUCAGCCAGUACCUCAAGAAAUAUUGUUAAGGGAAAAUAUAUGCAUAUUCUCAAAGCUGUGCAGUAAGUCUUGCUGUUUUACUCUCAGUUAAUCGGCUGUAAUCUUUUCGCCCUCCUAAGUAUGUGGCGGUGUGGAUUACUCUCAAGGCGUUUUUUGCUAUUGAGUGUCUUAAAAAGACCGCUUGUCACGGAAAGGAAAACAAGCAAUGGUGUGUUAGGCCUUGGUAAGAUAAAAAACGUUGAUACCAACUUGCUUCUACCGAAAGGAGAAGAGCUCUUGGUCGCAUACUCGCAGGGUGGAUCUUAGGCACAUGUGCUCAUUGCAGCUCUGGACUUUAUUUCAUGUUUUUUGUUUCAACGUUCUUUGCAUGUAUUGUGCAGCUGUAGUUUAUCUCUCACUUCCAACCGUUUAACUUGAUGUAUAAUAGUCAGUAGAUGUUAAUGACUAGGUUACGGCAGCAAGGAGUUCUUUGUUAAUUCGUGUUCAUCAUCGGCAUCCUUUGUGUCCCUUUUCUCCAUCAAGGUCGAAUUACAUUGCCGCGUGGCAUGCAGCCAGGAUGAUGGUUCCAGCUAAACAAGGACUUAUAGUCAAUGUUUCAUCGUCAGGAGGAUUGACAUAUCUUUUCAACGUUGCAUAUGGCGUUGGGAAAGCUGCAGUAAGUCGCACAAGUUUACAUGCACUUAAAAAUGAAAGUGGGGUGUUAGUGGGGUUCUUGAAAUUACGACUUCUUAGCGAAAACUUUGUACCUUAAUUAAAAAGAUGUGUUUCGACUUCCGUCCUUUUCGAAGACUCGUCCUUCAGUAUUGGCUGGUACUUAAUUUUCAAAGGUGCAUAUUCAAGAUCAUCUUGAUUGCAUUGAUAAUCUCUUUGCAUUACUAUUUUUCUAAGAAUGAUCGAAUGGCCGCAGACAUGGCUGUGGAGCUGAAGGAACAGAAUGUGGCUUGCGUGUCCCUUUGGCCUGGAGCUGUGAUGACUGAAAAUAUCAGAGACCAUUUAAGUCAACCACAAGAUGAGAAGGUAAUUUGCAGGUUCUAUACUAAAACAUAUGUAUCCACCACUUUUUAUACGUUACAGAACGCUCAAGUGAAAAAAAAAAAACAUAAACAUCAAAAAACAAAUAGAGGGUGUCAAGGAGUUUCUUUUGGCCCAAGUUAAUAAGUAUAAAAUUUUCAUCUGUUGAUUCGUGCCCUCUUUUUAUCGUGUUUUUCUGUUGGACGGAGGGCGCUAAAUGGAAUCAUAAAAUUUGAACCCUCCUUCCGCUGAUAAGUCAGAAUCACCCUUAAAUGUACUUUUGUAGCAACUUAGGUUUGGGGUUACCAUAAAUCCCCCAUUAACCCCCCUCCCAUAACUGCAACUAUCGUGCGCGUCCCAUAUGGUUUCUAUCUGCUAUACCGAAAAUCUUUGAGAAAAUAUAAUUUCAUGAACUGUACUCCCAAAUUUCAAUGGGUGUCUCUCUCCUAACAUGUCUUGCUUUCUACGUGGCCACUUCUGUUACCCUGAACUUGUAAAGCUAACUCAUUAUUGGCGCAUGUCACUUAAUAGAGAGAUUUAGAGUCACGUUCACGGCAAACGGCAAACCUCACGAUUUUCCCACAAUAGAAAGUAAGCAGAUAUAAACUGUCUAGAACAAUUUUUAUGGAUUAUACUGGAGUGAAACUACAUAUUUGUUUGUAGAAAAUAAACAGUAAACUACAAUUAAGGGGGAAACUUGGUCAUGUGCAAAUUCACGUUUAACGUUUAACGUAAACGUGCCUCUAAAUCUCUCUAGUAGCAAAAAAGGAAACUUGUUUUAAUCGCUAUCGACUUGUCAAAAGCGUUUGAUUCCAUCUUCCUCAGCUUAUUGUUAGCAUAGCUGAAGGCGUAUGGUGUUGAUGAGUCAGUCAAUUGAUGCACAGGCCUCCCAGGCUCACGUCACGAGUGCGUUAUGUAACGUUGAACCUUACAUGUGCCGAACCUAAUUAUUAGGUUCGGCACAUGUAAAGUUCGACGUAUGAAUCAAUUAGGAACGGCACUUUUGUAUUUGGGUCGACUCUGCCGUUCUAGUCGACUGAGCUUGUCGAAUAGAACGGCAAAAGAGCGACUUCGAUUCAUACGUCGUGCUUCACAUGUGCCGAACCUAAUGCAUAAAUUAUGUUAACGUAUUUUUCAGUAUAACUUCGCUUCUGAUUGGCCAUUUAGUGGGUUUUCGCGCCUGUGCUGACAGAACUCACAGAAUCGUAACGACGGUUACGUUCUGGUUAUCAGCAUUCACGUUGUAGACUUUUAGACUGAAACUGGACAGCUUAUAACGGUCUUCUAAAAAGUUGCUUUUCUUUAUAUCCAUAAAUAAAGAAAUCGUAAUGUAAUUUAAAAUUUAUUGCGUUACUUUAUUUUGUCCAAAUAUCACGAUCACGAUCUCCUCAGCUGUCUCCUUGCCAUAACAGAGCACAAAUAACACUAAAAUCAAAACAAGAAUUUCCGGGCUUGGUGAAUUUUACUUUUCUUUUCAGUAUAUUUCCCUAUUUUAAGCAGUAAGGAUGAUAUUUCUUCUCGCCACGAAUUAGGUUCGGCACAUGUAAAGUACAACCGUCUGAAUCAACAGUCGAACCUAAUAGUUUGGGUCGACCUAAAUAGGUAUUAGGUUCGGCACAUGUAAAGUUCGACGUUUGAACCGGGCCGACAUACCGGAUAGCUUUUCGUGCUGACAUGAAAAGCUAUCCGGUAUUGUAUGAACAGCAAGAAGACAGAACUGGAAUCAGUCGUUCACACACAUCCAACAUCGUACUGUGCCGAACCUAAUUAUUAAGUUCCGGUCAUGUAAAGUUCCACGUAUGAAUCAAUUAGGAACGGCACAUUUCAGUGACUUUUGUAUUUGGGUCGACUCUGCCGUUCUAUUCGACUGAGCUUGUCGAAUACAAAGGCAAAAGAUCUACUUCGAUUCGUACGUCGAACUUCACAUGUGCCGAACCUAAUGCAUAAAUUAUGUUAACGUAUUUUUCAAUGUAACCGCGCUUCUGAUUGGCUAUUUAGUGGGUUUUCGUACCUGUGCAGGCAGAACUCACAGAAGCGUAACGACGGUUACCAGGUAUUAGGUUCGGCACACUCGCUUUGUCUAAUGUAGGCGAAUUUUCCUGGAGUUGAAUUCUCAAGAAAGAUAUUCAAGUCUAAAAAGAGAAAGAGAAAUUCGCCGUGGUAUGUUCAAGUUGUCGAUAAAACGUGCAAAGUUGUUGUUUUGGUAACCUAAACCUAUUGUUUUUGUGACGUUCUCGUUGUCGUUUCGGUAGUUACAUCUUUAACUCCCUAGUACUUACCUCCGCUACGGACCGAAUACCUGUCUGUUCACUUUUCAUCGAAUGCGAGAAUAUGCUUGGUGAAAACAUUAUUUAUUUAUUUAUUUAUUUAUUUAUUUAUUUAUUUAUUUAUUUAUUUAUUUACGAAGUGUGAACAUUGUCUCGGGAGCACCCAACGACUGUUUUCUGUGAAAUAUCUGUUCGGAGAAGUAAAAAUUGCCUAGAAUUUUCUAGAGAUUGGGGAAGGCUAAAAAUUUCUAGAUAACAGUUCCAUUCAUAAGUCAUUCAUGUACCAUUUUCGAAGCAUAUCUAAGAAAUUCCCUACGUUUUCCUAAAGUUCAAUUUUUCGCAUUUCAGCCCCCAGGUUAGGCUAUUCUAAGUAGGAAAAGGAAAGUUAAAAUUUUCGGAUUCGAAAAUGCGAUGGAGAGAGGAAUCAGAAAAAUUAUCUCUUUCGUAAAACAAUGACUUAAAACUGCAUCUAAAAUUUUCGAGAAAAUAAUUCUGAGACCCUUGUAAUUUCGAAAAGACUCAAGUUUUCCUAGGGUGACCGGAUCCGACAGAUACAAAUUUUAUAGCGCCGCUUAGAAUACAUUUCUAGAGUUUUCAAUGCUUUUAGGUGGAAACCGUCGUUGGGUGCCCCUGUAGUCUUAAUGCAAGAGUGUCCUACUUAGCGUACAACCCUUACUUCGAUUUACUCGGCUAACAUAAGUUAAAACUCGAGUUAAUUAGAAAAUAAUAAAGAUGAGUAAAACCAACCUGUGGGUAAUAUUUCACUUUGUAGAUAAGGAGAACAGCCAAACUUUUCGAAGAUGCCGAGGAUCCAACAUUUUCAGGCAAGGCCGUGGCUUGGCUGGCAGCAGGUAUUAUUACAGUUGAUUUUAAACAUUGCCCAUGUUGUUCAAGACCAACGCAAAAUACCAUAAUAUAGCAUAACGUGAACGAAGCCCAGUUAUCUCUAAUUCUGGGUAUAUAAUUGUGCUGUUAAAUCGUCCUUUAAACAACACGGCCCAGAUAGUUCAGGCUAUCCCAUUACGCGCUGGGUUUGACAGUAACCGGCUACGUCACGAUAUUUAAGCCAAAAGGUGUCUUCGUAUCAGUUGAAUUCCAAAAAUAAUGGCCCUGUUUUUUUAUUUGAUACUAUAUUUAGGCAUUGAAACUGUUUUCUAUCGUCUGUUUCUACGAAUGGCAUUGAUGAACAUGGAUUGAAACUUCAAAAAGUUGGGCCAAGUUUUUCAAACUUUAAUGCCCUGCCUGCAAAGAUCACCAGAAAAAUUAUUAUGGUGUUAGUUAAAGUUCCCUGAUAAAAUUUGUUUGAUGUCUUCUUCAUAACUCUACAGGAGCAUUUUGAGUAUGCGUAAAGACACUAGGUAAUGACGUCAGCACAGAACAAGUUGUCCUAAAACAGCAUUCAUUUAUCCUCGUGACAUAGCCCCUUUAAUUCUGCAAUUUCAGAUCCGGGCAUAAUGAAGAAAAGCGGUCGGAUUCUCAUAACAGCUGAGUUGGGGCGAGAAUACGGCUUCAAAGAUGUUGGAGGUUAGUCUUGUUUGGGUUUGGGCUUUUUUGCUCAUGUACGCUACUCUGUAUGCACAAACCAAAUAUGGCAGGAGACUUCCCACAUGUAUCCAAUCAACGCCAGCGCACCCUUGGCGUACUCGACAAAGACUCUGCGUGAAUCGAGUAAGAUCUUUGUUGAGCAGGCGCUGCAUGUUGCUAGGAUACAGUUUCAAACCCAGGCCUAAUAGCCGUGCGCUCGUUACAGCGGGCUUGAGGAUGAACAUCGGUUUAUCAAUAGACGGAUACUCGCACUCAAAAACCCAGUUUGACGAGAGAAAACAGAUUUACUAGUCCGAAAGUUCAGGUUGCGGUGACGUCAAAGACUUGACACGCUUCAGGCAGAGCCUCCUUUUUUCCCCCUCGAUCAAGAAGAAGAGAAAAGGAGCCGCUCUGCCCGUAGGGUGGCGCUAGCAUAGCCGGUGUAUAAUUAUUGAUGCUAGAGGCUUGUCUUUAAGGUCCAUAUUAUACCAUUCUUGGAGAAGUCACGAGGAACAACUAACUGUUUGUUGACUUGUAUAAAGCUUAAAAGUGACGUCUUUGUUUGGUUUUUGGUGUCAUGACACGCGUGCUCGUGCAUUCACCUUAUUCCCUGAAAUCCCGUGGAGGGUCACACAUUGGUUUCAGUGGCGGAUCCAGGAGAGGCCCGCCCCUCCCCCCCAUAGUUUUCGACCAAACUGAGGCGCGAAGGGCCGAAAAAAUUUUUUGGAGACCGCCCCCUCCCUUAUCUUAGGUCUGGAUGCCCCCCCCCCCCCUCCCCCUUCUUGCAAGAGGUAAUCAAAAUCUUAUUAGUAGCAAGUCCCUUGGUCUAACUCCAAAAUUGUGAACAUCAGUUUUAUUCAUUAAUGUCCUUCCAUUCUUUUAGGAACCCAGCCAUUGUCGAUUCGACAAGUGAAGAAACUCGUCUCCUAUUUCUACCCUUCCGUGUCGUGGAUGAUUCCUGAGUUUGUUUAUGUUCCUCGCUGGUUACUGGCAGCGGGCGUUCAUACGUUUUGA